AUGGAAGAUUUAACGGAGUUUAUAGAGCUAUACAUUAGUGAGUGUCCAGAACUUGAGGAUAUACCAAGCCUUGCCCAAGCAAACCACUUUGAGAGGAUUAAUAUUAACUCAUGUGAUAAGCUGCACAACAUAACACUACCAAAGACACUCAACAAACUCACUGUGCAAUAUUGCAGAGGAUUACAAAGGAUUGUAGGAAUGUUCAAACUUAAAGAGCUUAGAGAGCUCUCUAUUAGGGAGUGUCCCGAGCUUAAGGAGUUAUCCAUAUUUGAUUGUCUAGGAUUGAAAUACUUGGAGAUGAUUCACAUUGAUUCAUGUGAGAAGCUGCAAAACAGAACACUGCCAACAAGGCUCCUAAAACUCGGUCUGCAACAUUGCAAAUAUUUUCCAAGGAUUACGGGAAUGGAUGACCUUACUGAGUUGUGCAUUAGUGAGGGUGAGGAGAUUGAUGUGUUUCCAACUCUUGCCAGACUAAGCUGCUUGAUCAAGAUUAAAAUUAACUCUUGUCAGAACCUGGACAACAUAACGCUGCCAACGACACUCAACGAAUUCUCAGUGCACUGA